AUGCCAGAAAGGUGCAUGCAUUUUAAGCUGUGUUCAUUUUACUCAAAGUGGAAACUAAAACUCCAACUAGUUGUGUUUUUAGCUGCAAAGGUUUUGAUUUUUGAACAUUCUACUAUGAGUACUAGUAGCAUUGAAAGCUUAACUCAAGAUACUAAAGAUGAGUUGAAAGAAAAAACACUUGAAGAGAAUAAUGAAGUUGAAUUAGAAGUCUUGGAGGAAAAGGUUACCAUGAUGGAUCUUAAGGACAUAAGGGGAGACAAUGAAGUUUUAUCGAAUUUCUUGAGGUCUGAGAAAGAGGUGAAGUGGCACAUGGCUUUGUUGGGGCUAAGGAUUGUUGCUUUUGUGUUUUGUUUGAUUGGUUUUUCUAUAUUGGGUGCUAAUGAGCAAAGGGUUUUGGUGAAUGAGGAAAUAACAAAUUGGUUCUCAAGCGGAUUUUCUGUUAAAACUCCGUAUGAGUUCCAUUGGUAUGAUUACGACGAAUUCAGGUAUAAUUUUUCAGUAAAUGUGAUUGGAUUUGUGUAUUCUGGAUUGCAAAUUUGUUAUCUAGUGAGGUACUUGGUCACAAAGAAGCAUGCUAUGAACCCCAAGUUGCAAAGUUACUUCAAUCUUGUUAUUGAUCAGGCUUUGGCAUAUAUUCUAAUGUCAGCUUCAUCAUCAGCUGCAACUGGAGCUCAUCUUUUGAGAAGCGAUUGGAUUGAACAUGGCGCACACAAGUUCAUAGAAAUGGCAAAUGCAUCUGUUGUUAUGUCUUUCUUUGCAUUUGUUGCCUUUGCCUUAGCCUCUAUUGUCUCUACUUUCAUCCUUUUUAAGUUCAACUAA